GUACGUACGUGUUGACAUAUCACUAAAGUCUAAAUAUUGUUUUGGAGGUCAAUACAAGAAAAUUUCUGCUUUUUCACUCGUGUUUUCCAUUUAUCAGUCACGUUGUGUUUGAUAGAUGGAUACAUCGUCCGGAGGUGUAGGUGCCUCCGAACCUCGUCACCAUGAGCCAGUUCCAGAACCGGCCAUGAUGGAUGUUGUCCUCUCUGCAGAAGGAGUACAGACAGAAGUAGAGUUGCCUGGAUGCCACAACUGCACAGUCUUACAAAAGGAGCUUGAAGACUGCAAAAGGGACAGAGCAUUCUUUGUAGAUAUCAAGAGAAAGAUGAUACUGACAGACACACUUAUCCAGAAACACCAGAGCAAAUGUCAAGCAUUCGAAGAGCAACAGAAGAGCAUUCAAAAUCUGACUGCGAGAUUAGCUCAAUCCAAGAGGGAUUGUAAAGUGUUGGAGGAGCAGCUCGCCACAACCUUGAAAGACAUUAUUCCAUGGAAAAAGGAUAAAGAACGAUUCCUUCAGGAGUCCCAGGAGAGCAAGAAACAAUUUGAGGUUCUUCACAAUAAACUCAGCGCUCAAGAGUCUCUGAUCAGACAGUAUGAGAGUAAGCUCGAGGUGUGUGAUGAAGAGAAAGCUACCUUAGAGUCGGACAUCCUCAUGCUCAAGUCUCAGACGGAUGCCAUGAAACAGAGCUCCAAGAAAGCAUCCACCUCAUUGGAAAAGGCAAAGGAGGACACCAGCAAGUUGAGGAAAGAGAUGAGUCAAGUCCGGAAGUCCAAAGCCGCUGUGAACAUGAAGUUUGAAAGAGCUAAGACAAAGAUGAAAGAACUGUGCAAUCUCCUGACCCGUCACGGCGUCAGGGCCCCAAGGAUGAAAGGAUUCGGCUCAUCUGACAAAGAGGAAGAAGAAGAAGAGGAGUACAUGGAGGAGACGGAUUCAAGCGACCAAGAUGAGGAUGGAGGUGGCAGAGUUACCAUGGUGACGAAGGAGAGGACCCCAAGAGAUGCGGUCAAACCCGUUACCGUGCCAACGUAUCGUCCUCAACAGUCUGGUGUCCAGUCUCAGCCUUCAAGUGCUCCUCCAAGUAGGAGACCUUUUCCUAAGAUGGAUUUCACCUCCGUGGCCUGUCUCUCACCUCUCCCACCCUCACCACCGAAUACUCGAGUGGACAAAUCCAACAGCUCUGACAGUAAUGAGAGCGAUACUACACUGGCAGAGGCUGCAGCCAAAAUCGAGGCCCAGCUGUCCACUCCAGUACUUCUGAGGCGCCGAACUGAACAACCUGAUAAGGAGCAAAGUAGACCAUCAACCAGAGUCUCCUCGAGACGAAAAGCUCCUGGAAGAGUAGAAACAAAGAGUACAGGUGCAACAGAGGAUCCUGAGAGUAAUGCAGAUGGAGCAGGAUCUCGAAGGGGUCUUCGAUUUUUGAGGAAGUCGUCUGAAAGUAGUGAAGGAACUCGUAAGCCUUCUACCGGAACAUGUUCCAGGGAGUCGAAGAAACUUGAGCAGGAAAAUUCAGCGGACGGCAUGUCUGAGAAGAAGAGACCACGAGGAAGGCCUAGAAAAGUUAAGGAUGUGUGCAAAGAGAAGCAUGCCGAUGUGGAUAGUGAUGAUAGGGAAGACCUUGCGCAGAGACUGCAGGGGAGAGUUCAGACCCUGUCAUCCUCUGACGAGGAGGUGGAGAGGAAAGAAGAUGCAGGAGGAAAGUGUAGAAGGGAGCGCAAUGGGGUAUCGGCUGUACGCACCCGCUCAAAGACCAAAGGACAGGUUGCGAGUGGGCAAAGUGGGCAAAGUGUGUCGGAAGAUUGCAACGUCUUGCCCUUGACAUUGUCCAGUGAUGAAUCCAAGCGUUCGUUGUACAACCCCGGGGGCAGUGCUGCUAGCGAUGGAAGUGAAACGGCAAGCAUUGUUGGGAGAAAGAAAAGGCUGACUAUGAAAAGGCAGACCCUGAGAAAAUCAAGUGCACUGAGCGAUAGCAGCGAAAGUGAAGAUGAUCGUCGGAAAGUCAAUGGAACACACCCGAGCCAAGAUGUGGUUGAACCGUCUGCAAGUACUUGUCAUCAGUCAAGGAAGCCCGAAGCAUCGCUGAUUGAAGGUGUUGCUGUAAAGCGGCUUUCAGAUGAAUCCAAUAAAUCUAAUAAACUGACAUCAGACAGCGAGGCAGAUUCUUUAACCAACGCUAGGAGGACAUCAAGAAGGUUGGCACAUCGACAGAGGAAUGUCAAAACACAGGCCUCCAGUGAAAACACUGGAAACAAAACAGAACACUCCAAAGAUAUGACUGAAAUACAAAGCAAAGUAGCUACAAACGAUAGAGAAAGAGUAUCUGAUAAUGAUAAACAGUCUUUAGAAAAUCCUCAAAGAUUGCUAGCCAAAAAGAGAGUGACUAGACAUUUGAAUAGGAAGCUUUUGAGAUCAAUGAGUAGUCCACCAAGAACGAGCUGUUCCAGACGAGGAUCUGAAGAUGAUAAGUCUGGUGGAGAUAGACCUUCGCAAUAUCAAAGGAAGCCUGGAAGAAGUGUUUCUAAGGAUGAGAACUCCAUUUUGUGUAAAUCGUCAAAAGAAGAUGGUAUGCCAUCCAAGUUAGGACAAGAGAGUGUUGGCGAAGACACAUCGUCUCAAGGAAGGACACUUCUUAGAAACUUGUCUUCACCAGCUCGUCUGACAAGAUCAGCAUCACGUAACUUUGAUUCAUCUGAAUCUUGUUUGCCCUUCACAGGGAAGACAAGUUCAGAACAGGAAGACCAGUCUUCAGUAAAAGUAGAUCGUUACUCACCUUCAGAAGAUGAAAAAUCCUCAAGACUCACCAGAGCUGCUGCAAAUCCAACAAGGAGAUUAUCGCAGAAACGAACUCAUAGUGAUUCUCAAAGCUCUGAGGAUGAGAAAGGGGUUAAGAUCUCAAAAUCGAUGGACACAGGAGCAGUGGAGAGUGGAAAUGGCGACAAGGUAGGGGAGGAUAAUGAGGAAUUACCUGUGCGAAAUGAAGGGAAAGUCUUAAUGCGGUCGGAGACUGAAGAGUUUGUUGCAUGCAUGGAUGAUGUUCCUUGCAUGGAUGGAGAAGAGCAAAUUGAGACUGGGAAACAGACAGGAGAGAGCUUGACAGCAGAAAAAGACAAGACCAUUCCAAGUGAUGUGAAAGACACAAAGAAAAGAAAACUCCCCAGCAGACAAAGUAAAAGAAUCAAACUUUCUUCUGUGGAUACGAUUGAAAAGAAAGGAGAGGGCUCAUCAUGUAUGGAAGGUGUGUUUGAUGAUGCAGGAGAUGAAAACUCAACAAUUGAUGCCAACAGAAAGUUGAAGAAUCACGAACAUGUGGACAGACCAAGCACUAGCAGAGGAUUAGAAUCAUCGGUGGAAGGUGCUCAUGUAGAAGCGCUCAGAGCACAGCCUCCGAUUCUAGUUCCUCAGCAUCGGGAACGACAUGCAUCCAUUGCAUCACUGCCUUCCUCAGGGAGGAACAGCCCUGUGUCGCCUCUUCAAGAACCCUUUCAAGGAUUUGACGCUCGGCCGAUAUCUCCCAUGUCUCCUGAAAGGCCUGUCGAGAGGGUGUCUCCUAUCAUGCCUACAUUCUUCUUCGAUUUGCCAGCUUUCCCUAGAAUGCUAUCACCUUUGCCACCAAGUCCGCCACGAUUCCAUCCAGCAGAAGACACUGUUGAUGUAACCGAAGGGGACAUGCAAGAAGUGAUGUCCGAGGAGAAUCCUGAGGCGCAAGCUCAGCCAAGGAUGAUAUCUCCGCUCUUCCCGACACCCGUCCCUUUCGCUGUCUCGCCCAUACCUGAGAUGUCCGUUCCACCUGCUAUUUCUCCUAUAGCCGAUGUCCAACAUCCCCCUGAGAUUUCACCUAUUGCAGAUGUCCAACCACCUGUACUGGGUGUCCAAACAAUCCAGACCGUUUCUCCAGGAAAGAGUCCCCAACUGCCUUCUCCUAGGAUUUUCCAUUCUGUAGCACCAUCGGACGCCAUCACAGUGCGACCUCAGCAUAGUAGUCCGAGCUAUAACCAGGACAAAACCACUGCCAUCCGAAGCCUUAACGCUGUCCUGGACAGAGAUGACAACAAAGGGGAUCACCGAAGUAGCUUUUCAAAGAAAUUGAUAGCCAGAAGGUCCAGUGCUGAAGAACCUGGUAAGAAACCUGGAGAUACCAGCCAGAAUAAUCCACCAUCUCAUUCUGAGGCGAGGAACGAAACUCGAGCCAUCAACAGCGGAAACCUUGUGCUAAAUUAUACCCAAAGAAUCUGUGCCAAACCUGAACCCGCCAACCAACCUCAUAAUUCAACUCGGGAGCGAAAGGCAAAUGAAAGUUUAGUGAAAGAAAGCCAAAGUGUGACCUUGCCCCAAAGGUCUACAAAUAAUCUAGGAGAACUGCAUGGAAAGAACGAUGUGGUGCAUCCACCGCUGUUACAGAAUAAGAGUGGCUUUAGCGAAUACCUGCGGAGGACGGAUGGACAUGAAGACGCAACGGCUUUUAGCAGGGUCAUCCCUCACCGGGAGGAAAACAGAUCCUCCGGUAGUGGAACCUCCUCCAUGCAGCCCCCCAAGACUGAAGAAACAAAGAUCCCUCAUGAUGAAUGUGCCGAAGAGAAGACACGCCUUGUACCGGACAGGAGAAUCCAAGGAGAACCCAACGAAGGAAGAAAUGUGCCUAAUGCUACAGAACCUGUAGUUCCUGAUAAAGCCAUCUCUAAGCUACCAAGCAAGACAACUGUCGGGAACAUAUGGGGACAAAUGGCCUUUCAUGACCGAGGAGAAAGAGCGAAUCGAAGUCGAAAGAAGAAGCAAACCAGGGGAACUUCGGUAAAUUCUCAGGUAAGUUGAAUCCCUCUAGGUUUU